AUGAGUUAUAGGGAUUCCUAUUCUCUAUACCCAAGAUACACAUACAGUGCCUCUAAAGAUCUUCGAGUAGGAUCACACCUAAGAUGUCCAAGGAUGUAUGGAGGGUCACAAUCCGUGUUAAGCUCUAUGUCUACUUUCCGAUCUAGAGCAUCGGACGGGAUUUCAUAUACUCCCACACCAGAUCUCAAUGAAGUUUAUCCUGGAUUAUUUGUAGGAGACGCCGUUGCUGCAAAGGAUAAAUCAUUUUUAAGGCGUAUGGGUAUCAACUAUGUUCUCAACACAGCAGAAGGGAAACGGUACACCCAAGUAGACACAGACCACUUAUAUUAUCGUGAUUGUCCUGGUCUUCAUUACAAAGGCUUUCAACUUAUGGAUCUUCCAUCUACUGAUAUUUCGAAAUACUUCCAUAUUGCUGCAAAUUUUAUUGAUGAUGGCAUAUCUAGAGGUGGUCGCGUCUUGGUGCAUUGCAUGAUGGGUGUAUCACGUUCAGCAACGUGUGCCAUCGCCUUCCUUAUGUUAAAGCGAGGUAUGACGUUAGCUGAAGCUCUGGCUUUAGUACGAUCGCGCCGUGACAUCCACCCAAAUGAAGGUUUCAUACGUCAGCUCCAAGAUCUGGACAGAGAACUGCGUGUGUGCAGGGUUCGCUGA